AUGUUAAUCUUUUCAGGAGUUUAUGAUGAAUUAGACCUGCAGUCAUAUACUCCACAAUUGGGUGGCGCUAUAUUCGGUUCAGCUGAUUCUGAUGAUAAAAUGGAGAGCAUUGUGGAUGGACGAGUAUCACCAGCUUCUUCUCCAGCUCCAGUAUUACCCAAGGAAGUGGAUGAAAACGCUACUAAACAAAGGCAUGUCAGUGGCGAACUGAAUACACUGUUAGGAAGGCAAAUUUCAGUGAGCAGGAGUACACCAGCUACUCCAUUAAAACUAACCAAUCAAGUAAGUGGUGAAAGUUCGCUUAGUUCACCACCGCCACCAGCAACGCCACCACCACCUCCAGGAAUACCAUACAGCGUAGCUGUUGGAUUAGGAACAAAGAAUAACAAGGGCAAUAUUGUGCAAGCAACAAGUGUGAAACAAGGUGUUGAAGUAGUGCGACAGUCACCGGGUAUUAUUUCUGUGACAACAACAACAACAACGACAAGUACCCAACAGCCACAGCAACAUCAGCAGCAGCAGCAGCAGCAGCAGCAUCAUUUAACAGUAUCAGCGGGAGCUAAUAUAGGGGUGCAGCAGCAACAACAACAGCAACAACAGCAGCAGCAACUGCAGCCGCAGCAGCAACAGCAGACAGUUCAAGUGAAUAAUGAAAAUACUGCUAUGCCAGCGCCACUGCAUGUUGACAUGCCAUCAUUUGCUAAACAUGCAUUGUCAGGAGUGAAGGAGACUGGGAGGAGAGGGAGGCCGACAAUGAGAGAAGGAGCAGAUGUAGCUAUACUUGCUACUGCUAACUAA